UCCCCGAGGCCGGCCAGGGGGCUGUUCCAGUCGGUCUGCCUCUAGCGGGUGCCCCGACCCAAGCUAGCCCGCCAUGGAGGGGGGCGUCUCCGCUGCUGCAGCCGCCCACUACCAGCCGGCCAGCCCCCCGCGGGACGCCUGUGUCUACAACAGCUGCUACUGUGAAGAAAAUAUUUGGAAACUCUGUGAAUACAUCAAAAACCAUGACCAGUAUCCUUUAGAAGAGUGUUACGCUGUCUUCAUAUCUAAUGAGAGGAAGAUGAUACCUAUCUGGAAACAACAGGCAAGACCUGGAGAUGGGCCUGUGAUCUGGGAUUACCAUGUUGUCUUGCUUCAUGUUUCAAGUGGAGGACAGAGCUUCAUUUAUGACCUUGACACUGUCCUGCCCUUUCCCUGUCCCUUUGACAUUUAUGUGGAAGACGCCUUUAAGUCUGACGAGGACAUCCACCCACAGUUUAGGAGGAAAUUUAGAGUGAUCCGUGCAGAUUCAUAUUUGAAGAACUUUGCUUCUGACCGAUCUCACAUGAAAGAUUCCAGUGGGAACUGGAGAGAACCGCCUCCAUCCUAUCCCUGCAUUGAAACUGGAGAUUCCAAAAUGAACCUGAAUGAUUUUAUCAGCAUGGAUCCUGAGGUAGGGUGGGGAGCUGUCUAUUCGCUGUCUGAGUUUGUACAUCGGUUUGGCAGUCAGAACUACUGACCUUGACAUCUGGACGUAGAAGCGUGGAGAAAUUCUAGGACAUGAACAAUCCAUCCCUUCAUUCGGGGCAGCAAACAUUGUGGUGCGUUUGGCUUCGAAUUAUGUUUUCCUCUUUUAAUUCAAUUGAGUUGAAAAAUGGGUGAACAAAAAAAUAAAACUUUUUUUUUUGAUAUGUCAGGUUGAAACUUGAUGUAGUGUAUAUUUGCUAAGAUAUUCCUACAGCUCAUUUGUUCAAACAUGUGAUGACUUAUAUCAGUAAUUGCUUUUGUUAUGAUAGAUGUGUGGACUUUGUUCUGGAUGUUUCGUUCUCUCCAGCUGUACUGUAAGCUCCUUGAGAACGGGGCUGUGCUCACUGUUCUUUGAAUCUCCAAUGCCUGUAAAAGGGGCGCAUAUGAUAUUUGCUAGUGAUUAUGCUGCUGUCUGAAGAGGGCUGAUAUUGUGAGCUGAAUCAGCAAUAAGUAUUAGUCUUUUUGGACUGUUAUGUUCUUAAAAAAGUUUGCAGCCCUGUCAGACUUGAGUGUUAUUUAGCCUAUUUGUAUAUGUUUUUAAAUAAAAUUGAUGUAAAAUUAA